AUGCCACCCGGCUCACUCCUGGCGGACGAGCUUGCCUCGGGGCGCGCCUUGGCUGGAGGCAUGCUGGGCCUGACCGGCUCUUGGAACUCGCCGACCGAAGUUGGCCUCUUCCGCGGCACCGGCAGCAAUUCUGACGGUGAAGAGGCCGCAGCGGAGCGCGCCCAGGUGGCUUACAGUCAAAGAGCAGCUGGCGCGGCCGACCUUGGUGUGCUCUACAACGGUUGGGGAACGCCUCUUCUUGGGCCCGCUGCCUGCCGAAGACUCGAGGUGAGCUGCGUGGUGGCCAGAGCCAGGAGGCUGUUUGCCACGCAGUGGAAAAUUGCUCCCGCACACAGUUUUUUUCGUGAGGAUUGCAAGCAUUUUCGCCUUGGUUGGUCGAGCAAGAGCUGGCGUUGGGGUGGCCAGCUAGUGCGACAAUGGCAACAAUGGACAGCAGGUCUCAGCGAUCUCCCGCAAAGCAGCAUUGCCCCGUUACUGCGUCUCGGCUUUCACCUUGUGAGCAUUUCCAGGAGCCCCCAAAUCCGGCCCAGCAUCAUGAGCAUCAGCUGCAUCGGCUUUUGCCGAAGCGCCGUGCCAGCCUAUGGAGUUUUCCCAGUGCAACACGCAGACGAGCUUCAGCAGGGACGACACCUUCAUGCUACAGCGUCCAUGAAGGACGCUGAAGCUGGGUUUUGCACGCUUUCCUUGAACGACGCGCAGUUGAGUUCAGUCAAGCAAUCCAUCAUUGGCAAUGCCGAUGUUGGGGGUUGGUUGGAACUCAGUGCGGACCCCAGCAGGCUGGUGCUUUGCUCCCCCGCUCGGCCAGCGCAGCAUGUCGCUUCGGCUACCAGCUUCAUGUCAAACGAGCACCUCCGUGCAGCCCGGGAGAGUGACUCCUGGGAGGGAGGGGGUGAGACUGGCCGGAUAUACCGGCGUUGCCUGCGAGAGAAGAAGCCAGCGUUCUGGCACGAAGAUUGGGGAGAGCCAGCGUACCAGCUCUACACCAGGCUCCUCUUCAGACUCUCGUUGGUCAUUACCUCUUUCAACAGGUCUGGCGCAGCUUCGAAGCUAUAUGGCAUGCUCAAUUUCUUGGAGCUCGGCAUAUUUGGGUCUUCCCAGCGGCGUUUCCGCAUCUCAUCUGGUCUCUUCCUGUUCCAGCGACCAUCAGAAGUCACCGAAGAGAAGCCCCUGAAAGUGGUCGAGGAGGACAAGCCUCAGCCGCAGAGGGUGCCAGCUUCAGACAUUAUGGAGGACAACAUUCCUUUUGUGCUGCAAGACCGUUUGUCACCUUACUCUGUGGCUGAUACGAGGGACGACGAAAGCCACGGUUCCACCUUGCCCAGCAUCGGAAAGGUCAAAUUAAGAAGCGUCGUUGCCGGGUGCAGUGAAUUGACUUGCCGAUGGCCCAGGGCAAUACUAGUGGCCCUGAUGUCUGACAUUGUGGUGGCGACCAUUCGGUCCUUCCAUGAAGGUUUUGAUCCGCCUAGCCUUCCCGACAGUCAAGCCAGGUUGCGUGUGGAGAGGUCUGCGACAGUACAGGAGGAGCCUCUCAAUGCCAGUGGCAUCUCUCCUCGAGAGCAGCGUAUCUUCCACGGAACUCGUGAGCUUUUCAGAUCUCUGGACCUGGAGAGCCGAGGCCAUGAAGACAGCAUUGACCUCACCCUUGUGAGACGCACGCCAACCCAGAUGAGGUGGUUCAAAGAAAUCGAGGAAGGUCAGGGCAAGAGGCUUGCUGAAGCUCCACCGGAGGUGCAGUCAGACAAAGAAAUCAUGUUACUGGCAAUUCGUCAGAACUGGCGACACAUCAAGUAUGCUUCGGCAGACAUCCGGGACGAGAAAGACGUCAUUGAGACUGCACUGCAACAGGGAGCUCCUGUGCCGCGUGUGGUAUCCUCGCAGCACCUCUCGAGAAAAGAUAUAGCCCUAUGUGCAGUUCAACAAGAUGGCAGCUCAUUACGGCAUUUCUCAGAAGACGUGCAAGAAGACCGGGGGCUAGUUCUGCAGGCUGUUAAGCAGUAUCCUGCCGCGCUUGAGUUCAUUCCGUCCCACUUUUUGAGCGAUCACGAUGUCAUCCUUGCUGCAGUUCAGCGAGAUGGCAGUAUGCUGGAGUACGCAGAAGAUGGCCUUCGACAGCAGCGCAGUAUCGUCUUGGCUGCAGUCUCACAGGAGGGCAUGGCUCUUGAAUUUGUCAACCCUGACCUUCAGGCCGAUCCGGAUAUAGUGCUGGCAGCUAUUGCCUCUGACGGAUCCGCGCUGCAGUUUGCUUCAAGCGACCUGAGGAACGACGAGGUCAUCGUCCGCAAGGCAGUAUUGAAGGAUGGACUGGCACUGGAGUUUGCAUCUUCGCGACUGCAAGCUGACAAAGCCAUCGUGUUGGACGCGGUUAGCCAAGAUGCGCGCUCGUUUCAGUACGCCCAUGCCGACCUCCGAUCCGAUCGUGAUGUGUCUCGUGCCGCUCUCAGCCGCGCAGCUCGAGGGUAUGGCCGCGAAAGCGACCGUGCUGAAGACAGAGUUGCUAUGCUGGAUGCUGUUAUCCGCUGGAUGCCUGAGGAUGAGGAAAGCGUGAAAAUGAUCAAGGAGCAAGGCUUUGAUCCAGAAAGCGUGCAAUGA